AUGGCCCAAUACUUCUUCGACCUCCUCUACAACUUUACAGAUUGCAUGUGCUGCUUCCCCAGCUCGCCGCAACUGAAGAUCAACAACCGCAGCUUCAAACUGCUCCGGCUUCUGGGUGAAGGAGGCUUUUCCUACGUAUACCUCGUCCAAGACAAGUCCACGUCCGAGCUAUUCGCGCUCAAGAAGAUCCGAUGUCCGUUCGGCCAGGAAUCCGUGUCGCAGGCCCUGAAGGAGGUGGAGGCUUAUAAUUUGUUUACAUCCGAGAGGAAUAUUAUCCAUUCGAUCGAUCACUGCGUUUCUACAGAGUCCGGCUCCAAGUUUCGCAGCGAUGGCGGAGAGGCCGGUUCCAAGACAGUCUACAUCCUCCUGCCCUAUUACCAAAGAGGAAACCUGCAAGACGCAAUCAACGCAAACCUUGUGAACCAUACGCGAUUCCCGGAGAAGCGCCUUAUGGUCCUUAUGCUUGGAGUCGCUCAGGCCAUGCGCGCGAUGCACCAGUACCGCGUCAAGAGUGGCUCUGCGCCGACGCGCAAGGCCAAGGCUGUUAGGAGAGAGGGUGCAGACGCUGAUGCAGAGAUGCGUACGAGCAAAGGGAAGCGACGGGCUAGUCAGCCUGUUGAUGAGGGGGAUUCCGAGAAUGAACCGCUGAUGGAUGACGAGGUCACCCAGAGUCAGGAGGGAGUUGAGGAUGGAAACCUUCGCCCUUAUGCACACCGGGAUAUUAAACCUGGCAAUAUCAUGAUAGAUGACGACGGGCAAAGCCCAAUUCUGAUGGAUCUCGGAUCGCUUGCGCCCAGCCCCAUCGCAAUUACCUCUCGCUCACUCGCUCUGGCUGUCCAAGAUACCGCCGCAGAGCACAGCACAAUGCCGUACCGAGCGCCGGAACUCUUCGACGUCAAGACCGGAUCGAUCAUCGACACGAAAGUGGACAUAUGGUCCUUGGGCUGUACACUUUACGCCUGCUUAGUAGGCAAGAGCCCCUUCGAAGCUCGAAGCGAAGAGACAGGAGGUAGUUUGAGCAUGUGUGUACUGGGCGGAGACUGGAGGUUCCCCGACGAAAAGUCCGGAGCAACCAAGGGCAAAGGCAAAGCUGGCGAGGAGCCGAAGCAGGAUAAUGCAACUUCUAUCAGCGCCCCUAUUAAGGAGGUCGUGCGCCGGUGCUUGCAGGUCGAGCCCGCCGACCGUCCUGACAUUGACGAGCUGAUCCAAUUGCUUAAGGAGGUCAUAAGGGAGCUGCCGGAUGAUGAUGUGGUGGGUUAA